GACGCUUUGUCGCGAAAACGCGUCUGGGAAUUGCCUCAAUCCCCAAUCUCCGUUCCCCAAGCAAUUUGUGCUCAUCAUGGCCAGCCUUGCGCGCCUAAUUGCUCGUCGAGGGGUGAGGUCCUCUAGGCUGACCAUUGCCCGAGGUUUGCAAACAACAGCAGAUACCACAUCGUUAAAGGGGCAGGCACCAGAGGCCAAGGAUGAGCCCUUUACCCUCAAGCUCCACGAGGAUUCGUUCCACUCAUACCGAUGCGACCCGCCCUCGCUUGAUGUUGAAGUGACGAAAGACAUGCUCAUUGGGAUGUACCGCAACAUGACGACAAUGAGGCGAAUGGAAAUGGCUGCUGAUGCUCUGUAUAAGGCUAAACUCAUCCGUGGUUUCUGCCACCUUGCUAUUGGCCAGGAAGCCGUCGCCGUUGGCGUUGAAAAUGCCAUUACUCCUCAGGACCUUCUCAUCACUGCAUAUCGCUGCCAUCCUUUUGCUGUCCUUCGUGGCGGAAGUGUGAAGGGUGUAUUAGCGGAGCUACUAGGUCGCCAGGCUGGCAUGUCGAAAGGCAAGGGUGGUUCCAUGCACAUCUUCACACCGUCAUUCUUUGGUGGGAAUGGUAUUGUGGGCGCUCAGGUCCCUGUGGGCGCUGGUAUCGCGUUUGCAAUGAAGUACUCAAACAAACCGGUCACCACAUUUGCGCUGUAUGGAGAUGGUGCCAGUAACCAGGGUCAAGUCUUCGAAGCAUACAACAUGGCUAAACUCUGGAAUCUUCCCGUUAUUUUCGUGUGCGAGAACAAUAAGUACGGAAUGGGCACCUCCGCUGCUCGUUCCUCGUCAAACACCGAAUACUUCAAGCGUGGAGACUUAAUACCUGGUCUCCAGGUCAAUGCGAUGGAUAUCAUUGCCACGUAUCAAGCUUCUAAAUGGGCCAAGCAGUGGACUCUUGAUGGAAAAGGACCUGUCCUUUUGGAAUUCGUGACAUAUCGUUAUGGUGGUCACUCGAUGUCCGACCCUGGUACAACUUACCGCACUCGUGAUGAGAUUCAGCGCAUGCGCAGCACCCAAGAUCCUAUCAAAGGCCUUCAAAAAUAUCUUGAGGACUGGGGCGUUACCACAGAAGAAGAGCUGAAACGUAUUGACAAGCAAGCCAAAACCGAGGUUGACCAGGCAGUCGAGGAGUCGAAAGCAUCUCCCGAGCCCGUACCAAAAGACCUCUGGACGGACAUUUACUAUCCAGGAACCGAACCUCCUUACAUGCGUGGUCGGGAGCGUGAAGAGGUCCACCGCUAUUGAACCACGCUCAAUUUGUGAUCCGGGAAUCAGCAAAGGGAAACACAAUAAGAGCCAAAGCGAGAUAGAAGACCUCGACUACAUUAGGGAAAGGCCUUGACUGCCCCGCUCCCGCUGACAACUUCCUCUGUCCUGUGGGAACCCAUUCAACAAUGGCCACCAUGUCCCCCGUUAUCAUGAAUGCGUGCGUCGUUCGACGCCC